CCGCGUUGACCUCUGACCCGCUCAGGCUCCGUACCUGAUCUACGUGGAGGUUCUGGAGUGUGAGAACUUUGAGACGUCGAGCGUUCCGAUCCGGAUCCCGGAGAACCGGAUCAGGAGCACACGUUCUGUGGAGAACCUGCCGGACUGCGGCAUGACGGCGGAGCAGCGAGCCGGCAGCUUCUCCACCGUCCCCAACUACGACAACGACGACGAGGCGUGGUCUGUGGACGACAUCGGAGAGCUGCAGGUGGAGCUUCCAGAGAUUCACACCAACAGCUGCGACAACAUCAGCCAGUUCUCCGUGGACAGCAUCACCAGCCUGGAGAGCAAAGAGCCGGUCUUCAUCGCGGCCGGAGACAUCAGGCGGCGUCUGUCCGAGCAGCUCGCUCAGGCUCCCACCACCUUCAAACGGGACCCGGAGGACCCGUCAGCUGUGGCCCUGAAGGAACCGUGGGAGGAGAAGGUCCGGUACGUGGUGUGUGUGUGUGUGUGUGU